AUGUUCACUCAUAUAAUAUAUAACGCAUUUUGUCGGUCUUUACGUUACGUGUGUACAUACUGGAUUUUCUACACGUUUUUUACAUGUUCCGUGCCGAAUUUUUUGACGCUUGUCCGCUUUUUUGACGCUUGUCCUGACGCUUGUCCGCUUUUUUUGACGCUUGUCCCGACGCUUGUCCGCUUUUUCCGACGCUUUUCCGACGCUUGUCCGCUUUUUCCGACGCUUGUCCACAUCUUUGACGCUUGUCUCGACUUUUUCCAAACGACCGUUAGGAAAAAGACAACGAAACCCAAGAAGUUGAAGUUGAAUGAUAAGGAAUGGGGUGUAUUCUUUGCCAGGCAUGAGCGGACCUACAUCCCAGUGACAAAACAGAUGAGACAGAAGGAGCCCCGGCUUAUCUACAUGUAUUGGGUGGACCACUUUGGAGAAGAAAAUCCCAUCAAGGUAUAUGAACCUGGCAAAACAUAUCUGGAAAGAAAGAAGAGACUUGAAGCCAAACACGACAAACGAAAGAAGAAUCUUCAUGAACGAAUGACAACUGCGGAGAUCAAUGCAGGAGAACAAUCAACCCUGACCGACUGUUUCUUUCUACCAAAGAAAAAGAAGAGAACAUAG